AUGAGUUUCAAUUUUAGCAUAGCUAAUGUAGUAUAUGUAAAAAACCUUUCUGCGAAUGUAUCAGAAGAAGAUAUAAGGGAAAAAUUUAAAGAAUGCGAUGAAAUAAUUAGUGUUGUAUUUAAAAACUUCCCUGGAAAAGAUCAAAAAUAUUGCCAAAUAGAAUUUAAGACUUCAGAAGGAAUAACAAAAUCGUCAAGAUUAAAUGGGGAACUUUUAUUGAAUAUCCCAAUGAAUGUUACUGUUAUUGAACCCAUUUUACAAUCACAAUCUUUUAGUGAAAUAUCAAAUAUUAAUGAAUAUGAUAAAAAUAUAAAUAAUAAUGAUUACAAUAAUUCUCAAUAUCAGAAAUUGCAAAAUCUUCUUGUACAAAACCAAGUUAUUUCAGAGCAAAAGAAAAAACUUGUUGAUUUUCAAAAUGAAUUAAAUGAAAAAAAUAAAAAAUUUGACGUAUUCUCGAAAAUUAUAUAUAUGGAAAAUGUCCCCAAAAAGUAUACUGAUAAUGAUGUAAUAGAAUUUUUCAAAAAUGUGGGAAAAACUACGAAUUACAAGUUUCUAUAUAAUGAGGAAACAAAUAUGAAUACUGUAUAUGUUGAAUUUAUAAAUGAAGAAAAUACAAAAGCAGCUUUAAAUUUAAACGGAACAAAAAUAGAAGAUAAAGAAGUAAUUAUUAAAGAUGCAUAUAGUAUUCUUAAUCAAAAUGAUAACUCAUUAAAAACCCAAUUAUCUAUUUGUAACAAUUUAAAUAAAAAAAUGAAUAAUGAUAAAAAUAUAAUAAAUAAACAAAGUAAUGUAAAUGAAAAAGUCGAAAAAGUUUUAGCUUUAAAAGAAAAAUUAACACUUAAAUUAUGUGCUAUGUAUAAUCCAAAUUUAUUAUUAGUGAAUAAUCUUAUGCAAGCUAACCAAUUAUUAUUAGCAAGUUCACUAAACAAUACUUCAAGUAAUAAUAAUAUAAAGAAAGAAAACGAAAAAAACGAUAAAAAUGAAUCUGAUUUAACAAUUACUCAAAAAGAAUUCAAACCUGGUGAUAAAAGAACUGAUGCAGAUACAAGUGACGAUGAAAAAAAAAUAUAUAUAAAAAAAAAACAGAAAAAAAAUACUAAAUAUAGUAGCAAUUAUCAUUCUCCAAACACAAGUGAUGAAUCCGACGUAAAGAAAUCAGACCACAUUUCAUCCAAAAGUCAAAGUAGCAGAAGCAAAAGCAGUAGUAGAAGCAAAAGCAGUAGCAGUGGAAGUAGCAUCAGAAGAAGAAGCAAAUCGAAAAUACGAAGAAAAAAUAUUGAUAAAAGACAUAAUAGCAGAAAAAGAGACAAAAUAAAAAAACGAAGCUCAAGUUCGAGUUCGAAUUAUAGCAAAAGUGAUCCAUCAAGCUCUUAUGAUUCUGGAAAACAUACUGAUAGGGAUAAAUAUCGAAGUCAAAGACACAAAAAAAAACGAAGAAAAAACUCAAAAGGAAAUUAUGAUAGCUCUGAUACUUAUAGCCAUUCUUCACAUUCUUCAAAAAGAAAACAAAGAAAAUCGAAUAAUGAUAAACCAUGGUGGAUAAAAGAGUCAGAAAAAAUGGAAAUUCGGAAAAGAAUGAAAGAAAAAUAUCGACGCGAAAUGUUAUAUAGGCAUAAACAUAAAGAAAAAUCACGAUACAGACAUAAAGACAGAGACAAGGAUAAAGAAAAAGAUAGAAAUAGGGAUCGGGAUAAGAGAUAG